CAAAUAUAUUCACAUACGUAUAUUAAAAAUCAGUAUUUUUGUGAUUCUAAUCUUGGUCACACUGCGGACACCGUAAAUAUUCUGUUUUUUGUUUGUUGAUAAUAGAAGAUUGAAGAUGCGUGAUGAGAUAUUGGAUCCCCGGAACUUGGUUAAGAACCGAGAAAUACUAUAUCGUCUGAUCAUCAGUCAGCUUAUGUACGAUGGCUUGGAAAAAUUUGCCAUGGAGCUAUCCAUGCUGGUUAAGGCGGACCAGUGCGCGCCAAGUGAGCGUCUCCUUCAUGUGAUGAUAGCAGGGAUGCAGACUUUGUCGGAAAAGGAUCAGAACAAUAAGGACGACGUGUUGCCUGGAAUUGACUUGGAAUUCGAGCCAGACGCAUCAGCACUGGCGCCAGAGCCACACUCGUAUGAAACCGCGUACGUGACGUCUCACAAGCAAGCUUGCCGGGCUGGUGCCUUUAGCUGCGAUGGUUCUCUAGUGGCUACUGGCAGUGUGGAUGCAAGCAUUAAAAUUUUGGACGUGGAAAGAAUGUUGGCCAAGUCCGCUCCGGAAGAAGUUGAGCCGGGCCGCGAACAGCAAGGCCAUCCAGUUAUACGCACUCUCUAUGAUCAUACAGAUGAGGUGUCCUAUCUAGAGUUCCACCCCAAGGACCAUAUACUGGCUUCAGCUUCUCGCGACGGCACUGUAAAACUCUUCGACAUUGCCAAGCCAUCUGUGAAGAAGGCCCAUAAAGUCUUCACCGACUGCGAACCGGUACUCUGCCUUUCCUUUCAUCCAACUGGCGACUAUUUAGCCAUCGGCACAGAGCACAAUGUGUUGCGCGUCUACGAUGUGCAGACGGCCCAGUGUUUUGUGAGCGCCAUUCCCUCUCAACAGCAUAAAUCGGGCGUCACAUGCGUGAAGUACUCCCCAACGGCAAAGCUCUACGCCACCGGCAGUUACGAUGGUGACAUUAAGGUCUGGGAUGGUAUUAGCGGACGCUGCGUCAAUACGAUUGCCGAGGCUCAUGGCGGGGCGGCCAUUUGUUCACUGGAGUUCACGCGCAACGGCAAGUAUCUUCUAUCCUCGGGCAUGGACUCGCUGGUCUAUUUGUGGGAGCUCUGUACCAGUCGUCCCAUUCAGACCUACACGGGCGCGGGCACCACCGGCAAACAGGAGCAUCAGACAGAGGCGGUUUUCAACCACACCGAGGACUAUGUGCUGUUUCCGGACGAGGCCACAACAUCGCUGUGCUCGUGGAACUCCCGUAAUGGCUGUCGGCUGACUUUGAACUCGCUGGGCCACAACGGUCCUGUGCGGUAUAUAGUCCACUCCCCCAAUGCGCCUGCUUUUCUCACUUGCUCCGAUGACUUCCGGGCGCGAUUCUGGUAUCGUCGAGCCACUAAUCAAUAAGUUUGUUGUAAACCGAAUAAAGAUAUCCCAGAUAUAAGUACAAAUAGGA